CGUCACACCGUGCAGCAGCAGAGGAAGAACAACAGACCACAUGAGUUUACAACAAACAGGAGAUACGUUGUUUAAUUAUAAAGAUACACAAUGAAACCAAACAAACAACAACAUCAACAGAAGCAAGAUAACAGGAAGAAGUCAAAAACCCAUGCUAACCCAGCAUCAGAUGACCACCUCCAGAAUAUCCCACAACGCUUGCGAGAAAUCAUGAAGAGUAAAGAGAUGAUGAAAAUGGGCUCACGACAUAGGAAAAAAGCCUCUAAGCCAAAACCAGGACAGCAAGGAGAUAUUCCAGUUCCACACUUCCGCAAAGGGAAAGGGGAGUCAGAGAAGGCUUACCUCCACCGCAUGACGCAGGCAAGCGAGCAUGUUCUCUUCCUCACCAACAACCAGAUAGACCGAAAGCCAGAGAAAGGGAAACCAGAGAAGGAGCUGAAGAAACCUGAAAAUCAGACAGAGGAAGAAAAAUCUACGAAAAGGAAGGCGUGCAGUAGAGCAAAACUACAGCAAGAAAAGAAAAAGUUAGCUCAGCUGGAGAAGCGUGAAGAGGAAGCGAUGUUUACAGAUGAAGUACAGUUUGGAGAGGUUGCCAUGGCACCACCGUCACUGACCGUGAAACCAAAGAAAGCCACGAUCAAACCUCAGGGGGCGUACAAAGGACUUCUUCUGAACUCCCUCCUGGGUCACAGUCCCAUGUCUGUGGCGGAACCCUCUAUGGCGAGGAAGAGAAUAAUGGAGGAAGAGAGAGAAAGAGUAGUGCACCUGUACAGACAGAUGAAAAAGAAACAGAUGGAUAAAAAGGAGAAGGACAGGCGGUGAACAUUUACACAUGAUGAUGUAGUGUUAUUAUAAAGUGUAUAUUGUGUACAUUUUUUGCUACCUCUGCUGUAUUGAUUAAUUUUCUCAAAUAUAUUUGUGGCAAGUUGACAAAAUGAGUGUUUUAUUUAUCUAAAAGGUUUAAAUCUUUUAAUCUCUCGAAUACAAUGUAAGAUUCUUGGACAUAAGGGCUAAGCAGGACUGUGGGUGUGCGAGCCAAAAAUAUAAAGUUCACACUUUUUAUUAGUGUAAAAUGCGUUAUGCGCAGUGUGUUCACACACAUUUGGUCCCUUAAAACUGCGUAUGACUCAUAAUCCAACAUGUCAUAAAACAAUAAAGGUUUAAUUAAACAGAA